UUUGGAAUUGCUUUUGAAGGAGUUUUACGAGAUCUCGGAGCUGUUAAAAUAAAUAAAGAGAAACUACUCAACUUGGAUCAGAUUAAGGAUAAUAUAGAAAAACUAAAAGACAAACUUAAUAGAGAUUUGAGCUCCCUCUAUAAACAUUUAUAUUCUGGCAUGGUUAAGAAAUCUGUUGAAGAAUUAUCCUGGAAGAAUUCUUUGGCAAGCCAAGUUAUUAGUGAUAAAUCAGAUAUAGUGAAGAAUCUUCCUAGGGAUAUCAAAAAAGGAUUUAAUAAAAUUUCUCGCAAUAUAGUACUAGCUCAAAGGCCAAUAGUUCAGGAGCUAUGUAGAGAGUUUAUAAAAGAUUUUAGAAGAAAUUUUGAGCGUUCUAAAAAAUAUUUGGAAUACAAGCCUGAAGUCGCAAAAACAUUAAAUGAAGGAACGUAUCAAUCAACCGUGAUCGUACUAUUAAUCCAAGUUGCCUUAAAAAAUCUUCCCGUAAAAGAUUCAUUUUUUAUCAGUACAUCAGAAAAACAAAGUAUUGCUAGCACAAAUCGAAAAGGAGAGAGGACAGAUGAUAAAAUAAAAUUAUGCCAGAAGGUAAAUGAUGGCCUUUAUUGGGUACGCCAAAGCCUCAAUCCAGAUAAAGAACAGUUUGGUAUUGAGAAUGCCAGACUUAUGGCUAGAAUUGCAGAAUUGGAACAGAUCACAAAAGAAAAAAAUGAGCUUGAG